CGAGCUUGCCCGAAGUCUCCGAGGAUUCCACGCACCCAAAGAUUUGAUUAAGGAUUGCUGUCCGCGUUUCGUGAAGAUGGGUUUAGAUUACGCCGAUGUCGUCUCGCAAACGGAUUUUUCUUUGCCGGGUCAACUGACAAUUCAAGAAAGGGUCGGCGGCUCGUCAUCAAGACCAUGAGCAGCACGCAUUGCUGCUUCGUUGUGCUCCCGACUGACGACGGCGGCGGCGAAGGACGCCGGAGGACUUCUUCUCCACGACGACGCACUGCCCCUCCAGCUCCGGUCCCGUGCUGUUCUCUCUUGGGGUGAUUCGACCCGAGUCUCGGUUUUUCUUGGUUUUCUUGGGCGGCGUUGGGCGAAGGUGGAGGCAGCGGUCAUGCCCGGCAGCGGAGCGGAGGAGACCGUUCGGGGGCCGAACGGUUUCUUCGCUUCGCGCCCGCCUCGGCCUCCGUUGUGUAGCGUUUCGGGUGCUGCUGAAGAUGACGUGGGGGUGAGCUCGGAGGUGGGAAAGGCGGAGAAGGACCCGAGGAAGAUUGCGAGGACAUAUCAAUUGGAGCUUUGCAAGAAAGCUUUGGAGGAGAAUGUGAUUGUGUACUUGGGGACUGGUAGUGGGAAGACCCAUAUAGCCAUUUUGCUAAUGUAUGAGAUGGGUCACUUGAUACGGAAACCCAGCAAGAACAUCUGCGUAUUUCUUGCGCCUACUGUUGCUUUGGUUCAACAGCAAGCCAGGGUUAUAGGAGAUUCAAUUGACUUCAAGGUUGGCAGCUACUGCGGGGGCUCCAAGCGAUUGAAGACACAUGCAGAGUGGGAGAAGGAGAUAGAAAAAUAUGAGGUUCUUGUUAUGACCCCUAUAAUACUGCAACGUUGCUUGUCACACUGUUUCAUCAAGAUGGACUCUAUUGCUCUUCUGAUAUUUGACGAAUGCCAUCAUGCUCAAGUCAAAAGUGGUCAUCCUUACGCUGAAAUUAUGAGGAUAUUUUAUAAAGCUGAUCUCUUGAAGCGGCCUCGGAUAUUUGGCAUGACGGCAUCUCCAAUUGUUGGAAAAGGUGCUUCUGAGCAAGAAAAUCUUCCAAGAUGCAUCAAUAGUCUUGAAAAUUUGCUAAAUGCUAAGGUUUACUCAGUUGAAGAUAAGGAAGAAUUGGAUAGUUUUGUGGCAUCACCUACUGUGAAAGUGUAUUAUUACGGUCCUGUUGUGCAUGGCACAUCUAGCUCCUUUGUGACUCGCUGUUGGCAACUCGAGGAAGUUAAACGCCAGUGCCUAUCAACACUCAGCAGGAAGAAAGAUGAUCUUCAAAUCCUUCGAAGCACCAAAAGAAUGCUCAACAGAAUGCAUGACAAUAUCAUAAUAUGUGCAGAGAGCCUUGGAUUUUGGGGAGCAACACAAGCUUGUCAGAUCCUACUUAGAGGUGAUUAUUCCGAGCGUAAUGCAUUGAUUGAGGAAGCAGAAAAUUCAAGUGAUGUUCCUUUAUGUGAUAAAUAUUUAACUCAGGCUGCCAGUAUCUUUGCAUCUGAUUGCCCUAAAGAUGAUAUAACAUCUUUAGAGAUUUUGAAAGAGCCCCUUUUCUCAAGCAAGCUCUUAUGCCUUGUUCAUGUACUGUCUUCUUUCAGGUCUCGGCCAAAUGCAAAGUGUAUAGUUUUUGUGAACAGGAUAGUUAUUGCGAGAUCAUUGACUUACCUGCUGCAAAAUCUUACAAUGUUGGCAUCUUGGAAAUGUGAUUAUCUUGUGGGGGUUCACUCAGGACAAAGAAGCAUGUCAAGGAAGAACAUGAAAAGCAUUCUCGAUAAUUUCCAGUCAGGAAAGUUGAAUCUAUUGGUUGCUACAAAAGUGGGUGAAGAAGGCCUUGACAUUCAGACAUGCUGCCUGGUGAUACGAUUUGAUCCUCCUGAAACUGUCGCUAGUUUUAUUCAAUCCAGAGGCCGUGCACGAAUGCCUCAAUCGGAAUAUGCAUUCUUAGUGGACUGGGGCAAUCAGAAAGAGAUUGAUCUGAUAGAUAAUUUCAAAAAGGAUGAAGAUCGAAUGAACGUGGAGAUCACUGCUAGGACAUCGGAUGAAUCUUUUAGUGCUUUGGAGGAAAGAAUAUAUAGGGUAGAUUCUUCGGGCGCUUCCAUCAGUUCUGGAUCUAGUAUCUCAUUACUCUACCAAUUCUGUGCGAAACUUCCGCAUGAUGAGUACUUUGAUCCCAAGCCGAAGUUCUAUUAUUUUGAUGAUGUAGGGGGUACUGUCUGCCACAUUAUUCUACCUCCAAAUGCCCCAAUUUACCAGAUCGUAAGCACACCAAGGAUAUCGAUGGAAGCUGCUAAAAAAGAUGCUUCUCUACAAGCAAUUGAAGAAUUGCAUAAACUAGGUGCUCUGGAUGAUUUUCUCUUGCCACAGCGUGAUGAUGACAAACUUGAGGAGAUGCUCAUGUCUUCUGAUACUGACAGUUGCGAAGAUGAGAGUUCACGAGGUGAACUACAUGAGAUGUUAGUUCCGGAGGCACUCAGGGAAUCAUGGUCUGGCUUGGAGAGAGUUGCUCUCCAUACUUACUAUAUAGAAUUUUGUCCUGAUCCUGCGGAUAGGACCUAUAAAGAGUUUGGUCUCUUUGUGAAGGCAUGUCUUCCAGCAGAGGCUGGGACAAUGGAAAUCGAUCUUCAUCUGGCUCGUGGUAGGUCUGUAAAGACAAAGCUUGUGCCAUCCGCAGAGGUUACAUUUAAGAAAGAUGAGAUUGUGGAAGCACAGAAGUUUCAGGAGAUGUUUCUCAAGGUCCUCCUUGACCGAUCAGAAUUACAGCAAGAAUCUGUUCCCCUGGGACAGGGACAGCAUAAUGAUAUCAAUUCAAGCUCAUCAACCUACUAUCUGUUGCUUCCAGUCAUUUCGCAGAACAGCAACGGUCGUAUUAUUGUAGACUGGAAUACUAUCAGAAGAUGCUUAUCAUCUUCACUCUUCAGGAAUCCAUCUGAUACAAUGGCAAAGACAGAUGUUUUUCCACCAUCCGAUUUGAUACUUGCGGAUGGUCCCAAACGAGAAAGUGAUGUCAAAAAUAGUUUAGUAUAUGCUCCAUAUAAGAAGUUGUUCUACUUCAUUACUAACAUUAAUUUUAAGAAGAAUGGAGGCAGCCAAUAUAAAGAUGCAGAACCUUUAACCCAUGCAGAACACAUAAAUAGAACGUAUGGUAUUCAUCUUAAAUUUCCCAAACAGCCUCUCCUGCAUGCGAAACCUCUUUUUAAUGUGCGCAACCUGCUGCAUAACCGGAAGCAAGAUGACUCAGAGGCACAUGAACUUGAAGAAUACUUGAUUGAUGUACCUCCUGAGCUCUGUCAGCUGAAAAUACUUGGGUUCUCUAAAGAUUUGGGGAGCUCUUUAUCAUUGUUGCCAUCAAUCAUGCACCGUCUACAAAACUUGCUUGUGGCCAUUCAACUGAAGCAGCGGUUAUCUGCUUCUUUCUCGGAGGGAGCUAAAGUUACUCCUAAUAGAAUUUUAGAAGCGCUCACAACAGAAAAGUGCCAAGAGCGCUUUUCUCUUGAAAGGCUUGAAAUACUUGGAGAUGCUUUCCUCAAAUUUGCUGUUGGUCGACAUCUUUUUCUCCGCCAUGAGGCACUUGAUGAAGGUGGGCUCACCAGGAAACGUUCGAAGGCUGUAAACAAUUCUAACUUGUUCAAUUUGGCUGUGAAGAGCAACUUACAGGUAUACAUACGUGAUCAACCAUUCGAAGCCAGCCAAUUUUUUGCUCUGGGCCGUCCUUGCCCAAAUAUCUGCAACAACGAAUCAGAAGGAAUGAUCCAUUCUCAUCAUCAAAAUGGUGCAGCCCCUCAGUCAAAAGCUUAUGAAGUCAGGUGCAGUAAAGGUCACCACUGGUUGCAGAAGAAAACUAUUGCCGAUGUGAUUGAAGCCCUUGUAGGAGCAUUCAUAGUUGAUAGUGGUUUCAAAGCUGCAACUGCCUUCCUUAGAUGGAUUGGCCUAGAAGUUGACUUUGAUGCACGGCAAGUUUCCAGUGCUUGCAUUGGAAGUACUCGGUACCUGACUCUGGCUGACUGUGUGGACAUUGACUCACUUGAAGAUUAUUUAAGAUAUAAGUUUCAUCAUAGAGGUCUUCUUCUUCAAGCAUUCGUACAUCCUUCUUACAAUAAACAUGGUGGUGGCUGUUAUCAGCGACUUGAGUUUCUUGGAGACGCCAUCUUGGAUUACUUGAUCACGUCAUAUCUCUACUCUGCAUAUCCAAAGUUGAAACCUGGAGAAUUGACAGAUUUGAGAUCGCUGGCUGUCAAUAAUAAGGCAUUUGCUAAUGUUGCAGUCGAACGGUCCUUCCAUAAGUUUCUUCUUUGUGAUUCCAGUAGCCUCUCUGAGGCCAUAAAAGACUUUGUGGACUUUGUAAAGAGAUCAGCAUCAUUGAAGGGUUUUCUUGAGGGGCCAAAAUGUCCGAAGGCUCUUGGUGACUUGGUAGAGUCUUGUGUUGGUGCCAUUCUCCUUGACACGGGAUUCGAUCUGAACUGUGUUUGGAGCUUGAUGCUAUCCUUUCUGGAUCCAAUCAUGCGCUUUUCCAACUUCCAGCUGAAUCCAAAACGGGAACUGCAAGAACUUUGUCAAUCUUGCAAUCUGAUUCUGCAGCGUUCGGUAAUUAAGAAAGGUGUAUCAUAUUCAGUCGAAACAAAAGUUUUGUGCAAGGAUGAACCUUUGUCCAAGGAUGAAUGGGCUGUGGCUUCUGUGACCAACUUGAAUAAACAAGAUGCUCUCAGGAACUCUGCACAAAAAGUAAUUGAAAAGUUGAAGGCUCGAGGUUACACACCGAAGUAUAAGCCUCUCGAGGAAAUAUUGAAGUCAUCCUGUAAAAUGGAAGCCAAGCUAAUAGGCUAUGAUGAAGUUCCUGUAGAUGUAAUGUCUUUUGAUGUUAAUGGAUCUGAAAACAUCAAUAUGGCACCCUCUAACAUGAAUUGUAGCCCCAAAGUUUAUGCAAUCAAUGAAGCUUCCAGAUCUUCUUCCGCCAGCAUAAUUCCUCUUGGGAAACAGCCUCCGCGACUUUCUGAAACAGCGAGUGGAAGUGAUGCCAAUGAGAUAAGUGCUGAUACUGGAUGUGAUAAUGAGUCACAAAGAAAAGGUGCGAUUCCCAAAGGAUCUGCAAAAUCUCAUUUGUAUGAAAUUUGUGCUGCUAAUUGUUGGAAACCGCCAGAGUUUGAGUGUUGCAAAGAGGAAGGACCAGGACACUUAAAGCUGUUCUGGUACAAGGUGGUUGUUGCGAUAGAAGAUUCGCCGGGCAUGGUUUUGGAAUGCUUUAGUGAUCCUAGGGCAACAAAGAAAGCUGCAGCCGAGCAUGCAGCAGAAGGGGCUCUUUGGUAUUUAAGACAUGAAGGAUACGUCCAUACAAAUAAAGUGAAGUAGACUCAAAAACUUUUUCGUCCAGAAGAUUGGAGAAUUACAUGCAAAUAGAGAUUCUUUUGCUGCGCUGUUGCCACCAGGAAUGACCAGUAGGAUCAAUCUCACUGUUUAACUUUUCACUCGGUCCAUCUUUCCAGUAAAUUAGUUGCCGGGAUGUUAGUAUGUCCCGUGAAAAGUGUUCAGAUUAGGCAUGUAUAUAUGCGCUGUGCAUUUAGUAGAAUCUGCUAACCAGGCAUUCCUUCAACAUGAAAUUUUAGUUAGGGUCUCACAGGCAAUGGCUCAUUUCUCGAAGUCACAGUCGACUCGAGGUUAUAUUGUAUGGUGGCUGGCGCAGCAUAUUUUGUAAAGAACAUGUUGCUAUAAUAGAAGAGCCUUUUCAUUUUCACA